CUUCUCGAAAAAUACAAAACUUUUUUAAUAAAACAAACAUCAACUUUUAAGUGCUCCAAUUUCGAUUUCAACUAUUUUUUAAACUUGGUGCAUUCAUGAAGAUCGAGCACUCUCCACCCGCAUAAAUGCGCAGCAUUGCCAGGUCGUUGGUUACGUGUUUUUCGCAAGAUAUCUGGCAACGCUCGCCUCUCUCGAUUUUCGCUUUGCACGCGCAUUCGUGAAAAUGGCGGCGUUCUGGCACCGUCGCUGCCAAAUUUUUUGUACAUCAAAAUAAUCAAAAUAAAGCAUUCUUCCAGUGCUCAACAAUCAGUCCGUUCGAGCACGCGGGUGUGUGUGUGCGCAGGAAAACCGCCGAUCGGAAAAAAGUGUAAAAAAGGCAUAGCGAAGCAAACUAAAGGCAGCGAAUUAGCGAGAUAACACACGCGACGACGACUGCAACGGAUGCGCCAGGAGAAAGGCGACGACAGUGACGGCGAAGGCGAGUGAGCCAGCGCAGCACCAAGUUAGCGGAGCACCCGCUUUUUUGGCCAAGUUUGCUUCUGGAGAGCACAGCAUGCAACAACUCCGCCAACACAGGAUGUGCGCAACUAGUUGAUCGGAACAGGAUCGCUCGCCCACACCACCACACAGAAGUCAAAGGAAGGGGAAGAACACACUCGCCAAAAACAUAAAGACCACAUAGCACGAUGAACACCAGCCAGACAGCUGCCGGCAAUCGCAUCACCUUCACCAGCCAGCCGCUGCCCAAUGGAACAAUCAACAUAGCUGGCAAUCCCGGCGCGGUCAUCUCCACGGCCCAGCUGCCGAAUACCACCACCAUCAAGACGAUCCAGGCGGGGAUCGGUGGUCAACAUCAGGGACUGCAGCAAGUGCAUCAUGUCCAACAGCAGCAGCAGUCGCAACAGCAACAACAGCAGCAGACGCAAUCCGCCGGUCAGCCGCUGCUCAACUCAAUGCUGCCGGCAGGCGUGGUGGUGGGCAUGCGCCAUCAGGCUCCGUCACAGCAGCAGCAGAAGAAUGUGCCCACCAACCCGCUCAGUCGUGUGGUGAUCAACUCCCACAUGGCAGGCGUUAGACCGCAGAGUCCAUCGAUAACUUUAAGCACACUUAAUACGGGUCAGACCCCGGCAUUGCUGGUCAAGACGGAUAACGGAUUCCAGCUGUUGCGCGUGGGCACGACGACGGGUCCGCCGACGGUGACACAGACUAUAACCAACACCAGCAAUAACAGCAACACGACAAGCACCACAAACCAUCCCACAACCACACAGAUCCGUUUGCAAACUGUGCCGGCUGCAGCUGUAAGUAGAUACCAACAACAACAACAUCAGCAGCAACAACAGCAGCAAUCGCAACAGCAGCAACAAGCGACCAACACUACCGCCAGCACUAGUAUUGCACUGCGCAAAACGAUUGUCCGUACUUCAUCCACAGUCCCAUCCAGCAAUAAUAAUAAUAAUAGUAUCAAUGCCACCACCACCACCACCACUACCAACAACAACAACAAACCCGCUACUAACCACCAACAGCAGCAACAGAAGCUCCAACAGCAGCAACAUCUGAAGGCCCAGCAGCAACAGAAACAGCAACAGGCAUCCGCUGCCGCUGCUGCUGCAGCAGCUGCCGCCAAUGUGGCAGCCACCAUAAAGAUCAAGCAAAACUCUAUGACCAACACGACCGCCACCAGCAACAUUAUUGUCAAUUCGGUGGCCAGCAGUGGAUACGCAAACUCAUCGCAGCCGCCGCACCUUACGCAAUUAAAUGCGCAGGCGCCACAACUGCCGCAGAUUACUCAGAUCCAAACCAUACCGGCCCAGCAGUCUCAGCAGCAGGUGAACAAUGUAAGUUCCGUGGGAGGAACGGCGGUCAGCAGUACGACGGCAGCGACGACGACGCAGCAGGGCAAUACCAAAGAAAAGUGUCGCAAGUUUCUAGCCAAUUUAAUCGAAUUGUCGACACGGGAACCGAAGCCGGUGGAGAAGAAUGUGCGCACCCUCAUCCAGGAGCUGGUCAACGCGAAUGUUGAGCCGGAGGAGUUUUGUGACCGCCUGGAGCGCUUGCUCAACGCCAGCCCGCAGCCGUGUUUGAUUGGAUUCCUUAAGAAGAGUUUGCCUCUGCUUCGACAAGCGCUGUACACGAAGGAGCUGGUUAUCGAAGGCAUUAAACCUCCGCCGCAGCACGUUCUCGGCCUGGCCGGACUAUCUCAACAGUUGCCUAAAAUCCAAGCGCAAAUCCGUCCAAUCGGUCCCAGCCAGACAACGACCAUUGGACAGACGCAGGUGCGUAUGAUAACGCCAAACGCCUUGGGCACGCCGCGACCCACCAUUGGCCACACUACGAUAUCGAAGCAGCCGCCGAACAUUCGGCUGCCUACGGCCCCGCGUCUUGUCAAUACCGGAGGAAUUCGCACCCAGAUACCCUCGUUGCAGGUGCCUGGACAGGCGAAUAUUGUGCAAAUACGAGGACCACAGCAUGCGCAGCUGCAGCGCACGGGAUCGGUGCAGAUCCGGGCCACCAGUCGUCCGCCAAACAGUGUGCCCACCGCGAACAAACUCACUGCCGUCAAGGUGGGACAGACGCAAAUCAAAGCGAUUACCCCCAGCCUGCAUCCACCCUCGCUGGCGGCCAUCUCUGGGGGACCACCGCCGACGCCCACGCUGUCUGUUUUGUCUACAUUGAACUCCGCCUCGACCACAUCGCUGCCGAUACCGUCGCUACCCACGGUCCACCUUCCUCCCGAAGCUCUUCGAGCCCGUGAGCAGAUGCAAAAUACACUGAACCACAACAACAAUCACUUUGAAGCUAAGCUGGUGGAGAUCAAGGCUCCCUCUCUGCAUCCGCCUCACAUGGAGCGGAUCAACGCAUCGCUCACACCAAUUGGAGCCAAGACGAUGGCAAGGCCGCCGCCCCCGAUCAGCAAGUCGAUAGGGAAAAAGAAACGCGACGCCAUGGAAAUGGACACCAAAUUGAACACAUCGAGCGGAGCAUUAGCGUCAGCUGCCAACUCGUUUUUUCAGCAGAGCUCCAUGUCCUCGAUGUACGGUGACGAUGAUAUCAACGAUGUGGCCGCCAUGGGUGGUGUUAAUUUGGCGGAGGAGUCGCAGCGGAUUCUUGGCUGCACGGAAAACAUCGGCACGCAGAUUCGUUCCUGCAAAGACGAGGUAUUUCUCAAUCUGCCCUCCCUGCAAGCCAGAAUACGGGCAAUUACUUCGGAGGCGGGACUGGAUGAGCCGUCGCAGGAUGUGGCCGUUCUGAUAUCGCACGCCUGUCAGGAGCGACUGAAGAACAUCGUUGAGAAGUUGGCUGUGAUAGCGGAGCACCGCAUUGAUGUCAUCAAGUUGGAUCCACGCUACGAGCCCGCCAAGGAUGUGCGCGGCCAGAUCAAGUUCCUGGAGGAGCUGGACAAGGCCGAGCAGAAACGACACGAGGAACUGGAGCGUGAGAUGCUGCUGCGGGCGGCCAAGUCACGCUCGAGGGUAGAGGAUCCCGAGCAGGCCAAGAUGAAGGCGAGGGCCAAGGAGAUGCAACGCGCCGAAAUGGAGGAGUUGCGUCAACGAGAUGCCAAUCUGACGGCGCUGCAGGCGAUUGGACCUCGAAAAAAACUCAAGCUGGAUGGCGAAGCAGUCAGUUCGGGAGCGGGUUCAAGUGGCGGCGGAGUGCUAAGCAGCUCGGGAUCUGCGCCAACGACGUUACGGCCUCGUAUAAAACGUGUGAACCUGCGCGACAUGCUCUUCUACAUGGAGCAAGAGCGGGAGUUCUGUCGCAGUUCCAUGCUGUUCAAGACAUACCUCAAGUGAUCGCUGCUGUUUCCCAUCAAUCGCACCGUCUUCUCCUCGCUGAUCCUCCUACUCCGUGGACUGUCGUCGUUGUUGUGUAUUCAGCUUUACGAUUUCAUCCAUUUGCAAUAUAAUUUAGCCUCAAAUUUAACUGCGUCGCGUCACCCCUGUUGUUUCUUUUUAGUUAGGCGGCUCUAUUUAAUUUAUAUUUUUACUUUUACUUACAUAAAUUCCUAAAUCGUAUUUGAUUUUAAGCCUAAUUUAAAGCUCGUUUAUUUUCCCUAUAAAUUGUCUGUAAAACUUAAACCAAACCAAUCCAAAAACAAAACAUAAUCAGAGUAACGUAAAGUAAACGAAGAAAAUAAAAUAAUAGAGAGGAAAGUAAAAGAAAAGAGAUCGCGCAGUCAGCGGGCGUUUGAUUUGUAAUUUGUAACAUAAUAAUGUUUGCAUCAACUGCAUUGACGGCCUUAUCUAAACGAUAUAAAUAUAAUUAUUAAUAUUUAAUUAUUUAGCUUAGUUUGUUAAACGAAAACGAAGCAUAAUUCCUAGAUAUUAAGUAAAAAUAAAGCGCGCGCGCGAAGAAAAAUCGAAACCGAAUUACAGAUAAAUGGUUUUUAAAACCAGAAAUCCGGAACAAGUUCAGCAACAGCAAAACAAAAGAACACAUCAAAAACAGAACCGCAAAAAAUAUCAAUUUAAACAUACAUUGAGUUAGUUCUAGUUGUUUAAAAAAGUAAAAGAUGUAAUUUUUAAUUAUCUAUAUUGUAUAAACGGAAAUCAAUCGUUAGGCAAGACCACUACAAACCCAACAAAUUGUAAAUACAUGCUAGGCUACGAUUUUUCUAAUAUAUAACUAGGUAAAAACGCAAA